GAAGCUGCGUUUCCUGCAUAUGUGGGUGCGUGCGUGUGCGUGUGUGAGUGCAAGCUCUCGCGCGUAUGUGUUUGCGUGGGGAGCAUCCUCCGGGGGUGGGAUGAAAAUUUAUUUUCCAUCUUAUCGGUGUGUCGUCCCGCAGCACCAUCGUGCUCUCUCUCUCUCUCUCGCUCUCUUUCUUCUGUCUGCUAAGCUUUGUGCUCAGCUCACACCCACACACACACGCGCGCAGCAGUUCGUGGUUCGUUUCUCCUUCCUUGGUGCCUUGGUGUGCUUUAGCAAUGUUGCUGCAGUGUUGUGCAUUCAGCAUGGGUGUGAUAAAGGAAUUAAUUAUUGCGUGAUAGAGGAAAAAGAAUCCCGACAGAUCAGUUAAUUCAUAAGGACAACUCUGCGCGCCAAAACCGAGGUCGAUUCGUGCCAACUAGCCGCGAUGUAGUGACGUUUCUUCGGUCCAGCUCCCCGCGCGCUCCCCGGGGUGGGCAAAUUUGCACAAAGGCACACUCGCGGAGAGAAAGAGCUGGAAGGUACAGCACACAAUUAUGAAUGAAAAAAGUACGCCCGCCCCUUUCCCUUUUCACCCUUCCGGCACUUGUGAUCGAUAAACUUCCAAUGUGGCCGGUCGCGUAGGAAAAGGUUCUCGUUUUCCGCCCGGUGCACAAGUGUGAGUAACCUAACCGGGUAGAGAGUAGCCUCAGCGAGAGAGAGAGAGAGAGAGAAAGAAUGGUGAUGGGUUGGUGUCUGUGUAAGUGUGCGUGAGUGUGUGUGUGUGUGUGUUUGCUUGAAAAGCUGUACUAUUUGCCAGUUUUCCAGCACCGCUACUAGGCGCCUCCGUCAGCGAUGAGAAGCCAGCGCCAUAUGUGCGCUGUGCCAUGUGCGACUUAAAUGGCUGCAAAAGCAACACCCAACUGUAGUGAUAAGAAGUGGAAACCAUGCAUGGAUCGAGAAUGAAAACAAGUCUACAAAACAUGGUGUUACUAUCAUCAGAAGCUAACAUAAGGUGAAAGUGAAUUAAGUAUAUCCAGCAUAAAACGACACACGAGAAAGAAAAACGAUACCAUGUGCUACGACAAACUGCUGGACAAGUGUUGAGCCCGAGUGUGGUAUCCGUUUCCCCCCCGAGCCGCGGAGUGGCUAGAACCAAGCCGUGAUUAUAAACAUGUAACAACCUUCCCAUGUGUCUGUGUGUGUUGUCUCCCGUCUCAGCUAAAAGACAACCGAAACCGAACAGUCCACGCACACCCGUUUCAUGCUUCCCGGAUGCGCCGCUAAGGCGCCACCACACCCUUCGCACACCGCACACGCACGCAAAGCCGCCAAACCGUCGCUCCCCUUUCUCCCUCCUCAUGAGCGACCGAUGCAAGGAAAAGCUCCCGAACCCUGGUUCACGCGGUGGUUAGCAAGCGCCACCGUUUGCCUAUAAAUAGUGGCAUAAUUGGUUUACUGUGUGAGUGGGUGUGUGUGUGUGUGUAUGGGGAAGCGAUUGGGCUAAAAAUAGGCCCCAGGAGUCGCGGGUCGCACCAGCAGGGAAAGGAAAAAAAGGGGAGAAAAACAGAAAACCAACAACAAUCCCGCUCACUCCCGGAGGAGCGGCGGCAUGGAUUGUUGCAGCAGCACUACUACUGCCAGCUACGCAGACUACAGGCAGCACGCGAUGAACGGCAACUUCUGCUACCCGUACGCGCCCAGCAUGCUGCGCAGUGCGUCACCGUACCCGUUGGCUGGCGGCGGCGGCGGCGGUGGAGGCGCCCGGUACGGCACUAGCUAUCGAUCUUCCCCGCUGCCGGGUGGUGGCGGCUACCAUGGGGCCGCCUCGCCGCAUGCUCCGUACGAUGGGUACGAUAAGUACUACGGCGGCGGCUACGGGCAUCACGGACCGUCGGGCUACGGCAGCGGUUACUAUGGCAACUACCAUCCGUCGGCCUACCGGGACUAUGGUCCGGGGCACUACAACGGCCACUACUAUCACCAAUCGCAGUCACCGUACGCUCGGGCCGGUGGUGGUGCGGCCUCGCCCAUGUACGGUGGCUACCUGUACCCAUCGGCGGCGGGCCGGCAUUAUGGGGCCACUUCCAGCCUGCAGCAGCAGCAGCAGCAGCAUCAUCCGUUCGGUGGGUCCCGCGACCCGUACCCCUAUCACGGGCAGCGGGAACACCAACAGCAGCAACAGUAUUCGAGCUUCGCCAACUACCCUCACCUGCCACCGUACAGGAACGGCACGCAUCCUGAUCAUCCUGCUGGGGGGAAAUCACACCAUCACCACCCACAGCAGCAGCAGCAGCAGCAGCAGCAGUUUCCAGCGCACCAAAGCUUCCCAGGAAGUCACAACGAACGGGGGAUGACGACGGGUGGAGGAGGCGGCGGCAGCAGCAGCAGUAACAGCCACACCAGCAACGGCGGCAGCAGUGUGGUCGGUGAUGGUCCACCGUCGAACACCACCACCAAUACUGCUUCGUCCGGGUAUGGGUCACCGGGCACCGAUUACACGCUGCCCGGUUCCUCCUACAGCUCGGGGGACAGUCCACCCCACCAGCAUCCACCAGCCGGCGGGGAUGAGCGGGAGUCGAGUGCUACCUCCCGCACACCCACCGCAACACCCACACCAGCAGCGGCACUCGCUCUCGGUGCAGCAACAGCAGCAGCAGCAGCAGCAGCCGAGUUCCCGCUCAGCACAAAGGAUACCCGUAUGCGAAAGCCCAAGGAGCGCAAACUGCAGCGUACCGCCAAUGGAAACGGUGGUGCAGCUGGUGGUGACAGUGGCCAUGGCAGCCGGUCCGGCAGCCCAUCGGCAACCGUGAACGGGUUAAGCAGCGGGAGCAACGGUGCGACAAGGAUGAAAUCGCUGGAUGCACUUACAAAUUUGUGCUGGCCCGAAGAGGAUCAAUUUCCUGGACGAAUGCGAAAAUACUCAACCGCCAAUGGAUUGAAAGGCAGAGAUGGAAACAACAGUAGAAAGGAAACCAACGAAUUGGAAGGUGCCCCCGCGGCGUCCCCCAGCCGAACUGCCGGCCCAACGAGACGCACGAAAAAGCAGACCAGCAAGCAGUCGAAGGAAACGAAAUCAACGUCCGCCGAAAGUAGGGAAAAGCAAACGAACAACAGUGCCACCACGGUGACGCCACCGGUAGAAAUCAAGCACGUCACUCCGCUGCCAGGCUUCCAGCAAGCGUUCGGUUCCACCGAGAUCGGCAAGUUCUCGGAGGUGUUCUUCAACAGCAGUCCAACGUCAGCGAACCACAGUCCACCGACGCCACCGGCUCAUCACCAUCCGCUCCAGCUGCAACAAGAACAACAUCACCAGUCCGGCCAACAUCAGCAGCAGCAGCAACAGCAGGGCCAGCAGCAGUCGGGUGUGGCUCAUCAAUCCCAGCACGGCACAACCACCAUGCAGCAGCUCGUCAUGGAAUCGCUCAAUGCGUACGAAUCCGACGUGGAUACGCUAAGCCCACAGCCCUGGGAGGCGCACGGUGCGGCUCCACCGGUGGACGCGUACGAUAGCACACCGGGCACCAGCGGGUACGGUCUGCCGAUCAGUGCCAGCCACUUUCAUCCGUCGUACUACGAAUCGUCAUCCUACUCCGACCAUGCCGUCGACUCGCCGCUGGGAAACUAUUUCAGCGAAAUGACAUGCAACGAGUUUGUGAACUAAAGAGACAACCUUAACGGGGCUUAGUUGGUGAAGCUAGAUGAUUGGGACCUCGAGCCCAGCAUAACGGAACGUCCAAAGGAACAGUUUGGCGAAAGCUGGAAAAACUCCCACAAACCUUGUAGCUGUAAUCCAAAGAGUUGUUUUAAUGCCAAAGGCAAAACGGAGCUCGCCAAGAGGCGAAAAUGCAAAAAAAAAAUGAUAUUCUGCAACGGUAGCAAUGGAGCCGCGGGCAGAGCAGAAGUGUCAUGUAAAAAAGAUCUCAAAUUGAUUCAUGUUAGAGGCGCUAGGGUAAACGUGUCAAUAGUGGUUGUGGUGAAUCCAGUAUGCAGUGUUCUCUGACCUUCCCUAAGGCGUCGAAAACAUCAAUUUACGGCCAAUAGUAUCCAAAAAAAGGCUGAAAAGAUUACUAAUUUACAAAAAUGUAACACCAUAAUUCCAGUUUGCUUUUAAUUUCAUACGAGCAAAGUCCCAUUUUUGACACUACUUUGUCAAUUUUAUUAAUUUUACCAUUGCUCUUUUGUAAAAAUACCGUAAACGAGAAAAAAACUGCCUUUUUUUACUGUAUCAGUAUAUGUCGUUGCAAUAGUAUUGAUUGUUAGCAGAAAAAGACACCUAAUUUGAUUUCUUGUUACUGAAUCAGAAAAAGUUUAAUUUUAAUCACUUGAUCCAAUGUUUCUAAUCGGUAGUGGAUAAUUGCACCGUUUUUUGCAUUUCAAGGUUUGUUUGACUAUCGUAUGUGAAGGAGAAUAAUUCAAACCUACAAGAACCUGGUGUAAGAUAGGUAGCGACCUCUGCAACGCUCACAAUUAGAUCAGCAAAAGAUUAAGCUCAACAUUUAUCAACAAAACUACCAAAAGUUUAAUGUACUCAGCGUAAACAGAAGGUCAUGCUUGGCAUUAUAGCUCGAAAACAAUAAUUUUCUUAAACGUUUUCAAGAAUAAUGCACAUUGCAUACUUAUAUUUGAGCUAACUUAUCGAAAAGCACCUCUAUUUUGUAUCCUAUUUAACAAUUUCUUACAUAUGCAAUAUGCAGUCAAGUCUAUUUAGAAUGUAUCUCGAAGGGACAAACAGUUAAGAAAGACAUUGUACAACGUUCUUUUUUUUUUUUUUAAAAGUGUCUUUACUUCUUGACGUACUUAUAGAAAGACAAAUAUGUAUGGAAAACGAUGAAGGCGUCAAAAUGUUCAACAAUCCAUCUCGUUGAGGCUGCAUUAGAGAUCGACUUCACUUUAUUCGAUAAGGGGUAGAAAGUCUUGACACCAGCCUGGCUGAUUAAUGAUUAAAUGAGGCUAAUUUAAAAAAGAAACUUGAUCACAAAACAGGACUGUGAUUGAUGCUAUCAAAGUAUGUUGAACGAUGCAAAAAAAACGAUGCUUCACUGAAAAAAUCGCACACGAAUUGAAUACGAUGUAUUAAGUGGCCCUUUAUGAAUAGUUAGCUCAAAUAGUAAGUAUGCAAUUACCUAUGAAGCAUUGCUUAUUAUAGUCGGACUACAAUACCCAGUAUACAUAAGUCUGCGAUAGCGCUCAGUACAUUAAGCUUUCCGUAGCUAUCUUUAAAAUUGUAAAAUCUUUUAUUUUUUCUACUAAAAUAGGCAAACGUUCCAUUGCUAGUUCCAUUCUCGUGAUACUUUGUACAAUUUUCCCUUAUCCUUACUUUCGUGAAGCAAACUUUCAUGGUGCAAUUGUGCACUAACGAUUAGAAAAGUGUCAUCAUGUGGUUCUAACUCAUCUAAAACAUGUUUUUGAUAUAUGUUACACUAUAUAGUUUUAUUACUCUUUUUUUAAUGAAUCAUAUACCUGUUUCAACAACGAUAAACUACACCACCGUUGGCAUAUUUACCCCGUUAGCCUAGCUCGAUUUAAAACAAGAUGGAAAAAGGAAACUGCAGAGUGAAAUGAUGCAAAGCCAAAGUUAGUUAAAGUUCAUGCAUUAGACAUAUUACCUAUAUACCUAUUGUAAGAGCGAUGUUCAACCUACUAGCAUCAACAUCGUUACGUGUUUUGUACAUAACAUGCGUUAGAGCACAUCCGUCACAAACCCGACACAUUCCAACGCGCGCUAUGCUUAGCCAACUUCAUCGUGCAAGUGUGGUCCGUGUGCCGGUAAGCAACAGGUGCAUGUAGCGCCUACGACGCCAUUAAACCGCUCCCACGUUUCACUGACUAGCCAAUGCGGGUCAGCUUUACCAGUCAGGUGUAAAGCGUAGCUAUUUAUCUCUCUCUCCCUAUCUCUUGUUUGUGCGAUAACGAGGCUCCAAUUACACCACGAUUAUAGUCAACCAACCAAUCCGUGUAGUAAAGACGAAACAAAAAUGGAGAAGUUCCAAAGCUGCAUUGAAAAGUAAACAUCCACAAUAUGCCAUUUAGCGGUCCCAAAGAAAGGGCUUAACUCGGGAACGGCCGGAAAAACGAUAUCAUUUUAACACAACCAUACACAAACACACCCAAAACCAUAUUCCUUCGUUACGUGGAGUUUACAGAAACAUAAACUGUUUUAGAGAUUUCUUCCACCGGUAUACAUCUACUUCCCUACGGUUGGCUUCCCUUGCCACAUUCAGAUUGAAGUAGAGUAUCAGUGAGGCUCGCGUAUCGUUUCCUUUAGGGCCGCGGGAACCGUUUUGCAGAACCCUGUGUGUGCUCUAAACAUACACACACACACACACAUACACAAAAAUAUCCCAAAAUUAAAGACAAACAAAGAAUCUAACGGUGCCUUACUGAAAAGUCAACAUACGUCUUUAUACAAAAGCAGCAUAGUAGUGCGCGCAAAUGCGGCCUCUAGUUUUGGGUUUAGGGUUUUCGAUAUUUAUAUUUACUUUUAUGUUUUGUUACAUUCCCACCUUAUCUCCAACGAAAGCAAAGGAAAGCUAGCAACACAAAAAAGUAACAAAAAAAAAACAAAGCCCUCCGGGUUCAAGUUCAGGUUCUCGGAACUUCGUGAAUUUUCCAUUCCAUUUUAAUUAGAAAAAGCGACACACACACACAUGAUACCAAAGGCAAAUUUGUAUACAUUAGAAGAUUUUUUGAAUGUUUUUAAACAGAAGCGCGAUAGUUUGGUGGAGUUUGGUACCCACACCCACACACACUCCACACACAGGGGAAGAUAAUCAGCACGAACGAAUCUGGUAAAAGCAAAAACAAAACCAAAUCUCAUAUGUCUAAGAAAGUUAUAGAUUUAAUUGCAACGUUACUUCUGACGUGGUUUGGGUACGAUUUACCUGAGGGCAGUGAACUUCAGAAAAUCCAAACAAAAAAAAACCCGGGAACGUUCAAUAAAAAGAGCUUUUUGUAUUGUGUUGUUUUUCAUUUCAUUUUUUUAAAAGAGCUCCCUAAACUAUGGGUCGUGAGGGAGGUUAAAUCAAAAACUGAAUGUUCUCGAAUGUGUGCAUUUGUAAGUAAAGAGAAAAACAAACAAACAAACAGGUAUAAAAUAUUAAAUACAGUUUUUGAACAUUACCAUAUAAAAUUAUGCGUGUGAAAGGAACAUAAGGCCAAGAAGAAUUUACUCACGACAAUGGUAACACAAAUUAAAACGUAAUUGCGGAUGUGCGAAAAAUACUAACACAACAACAACCAAAUUAAAGUUCUUAUACCAAGCUUCUCCCAUGCCCGUUCCCUUGAUGGAGCACCUCCUUAAAUCUAACUCCUCUUAAAGAGUAGGAUAAAUAUAUUAGUAAAAAGGAUGAUCGCGAGAAAGAUGCCAAAACCGGGAGGGGGAAAAGCUGGCAGCAUUGAAAAAGCACACACAAUCCCGGGGGAGAAAGCAUUUAUUAUGUUGUGUUUUAAUGAAGCUGAACAAAAAUCGUGCCGCACCGUAACGCUCGAGGGGGUGGGUGGUUUUUAAAAUUAAACAUUAAGUGGGUAGGUAGGUACUGUUUCCAGCCUUCCCGGUUCGGCCGGCCGGUUAGCGAAGGGGGACACACACGCGCAACCAUAAUUAUUACUAUUGAUGUGAAAGCGCGCAAGGAUGCGCCGGGUGUUAGACAAACAAACAAACUAGUUCAAAACCAACCAAUUUCAUGAAUAGCAGCUUAAGUAUGGCACCAUGAAACAGGGGUAAAAGGAGAGAGAGAGAGAGAGAGAGAGAGAGAGAGAGAGAGAGAGAGCGAACAAAACAGCAUGGAAAACCGCCACAACAACAAAAUAUAUUAAACAAAACCAUUCAAUCAAAAUCUAGUUAAUUGACGAGUUUAAUAAAUAUUUUUUUGUGCAACACUGA